CCCAUUGCGAGGGUGACAGGAAACCCUGUGCAGGGAGCGCCGCCAUCUUGGACCUGCCCGAGGAAGAUCCUGAGGGAUCCCCAGGAGCAGUCGCUGCUGCCACCGCUACUGCCGCUAGCGCGUCUGCACCUCCUCGUCCAACCCGCUACCUGCCGGGGCCUGGGCCGACCGCCCCCGCCCCUUUUCGGCUGCGCCCGCACUCUUCUUCCUCGCCCUGACGCCCCCCCUCCCGCCCGGAAAGCUGCCCAGCCACCAGCAACCCCCCAGUGCCACCAUGGCAACUGCACCAUACAACUACUCUUACAUCUUUAAAUAUAUUAUUAUUGGGGACAUGGGAGUAGGAAAAUCUUGCUUGCUUCAUCAAUUUACAGAAAAAAAAUUUAUGGCCGAUUGUCCUCACACAAUUGGUGUUGAAUUUGGUACAAGAAUAAUUGAAGUUAGUGGCCAAAAAAUCAAACUGCAGAUAUGGGAUACAGCAGGACAGGAGAGGUUUAGGGCUGUUACACGAAGCUACUACAGAGGAGCUGCAGGAGCGCUUAUGGUGUAUGAUAUCACUAGAAGAAGUACGUAUAACCACUUAAGCAGCUGGUUGACAGAUGCAAGGAAUCUCACCAAUCCAAAUACUGUAAUAAUUCUCAUAGGAAAUAAAGCAGAUCUGGAGGCACAGAGAGAUGUUACUUAUGAAGAAGCCAAACAGUUUGCUGAAGAAAAUGGCUUAUUGUUUCUUGAAGCAAGUGCAAAAACGGGAGAGAACGUAGAAGAUGCUUUCCUCGAGGCUGCCAAGAAAAUCUAUCAGAACAUUCAGGAUGGAAGCCUGGAUCUGAAUGCUGCCGAGUCUGGUGUACAGCACAAACCCUCAGCUCCGCAGGGAGGCCGGCUAACCAGUGAACCCCAACCCCAGAGAGAAGGCUGUGGCUGCUAGUGACCUCUUUGCUGUGGCUCUCAUUUGACCUUUCACCUCUGUCUGUUGGAAGCAGUACUUUUUACUGCCUCGUUGUCUUCUGUACAUCUUACUGGGUUUAAUUAAAAAAACAAAAGAAAAAAAACAACUCUGUUUAAAAACAGUUUAACACAAUACUAAACUGCUAAACAACUAGGUGUAAUCAGGUUAUCAAAAGCAAGUAAUCUCUCCUGCAUGGUAAAUCUAGACUUUUUUUCCCCCCUUGAUUGUCCUCAUGUUAGGUAUGUCACCAAUACAUGAUUUAAACUGAGCACUGAUGCUGGACUUCAUGAUUUUUACCCCUCCCUCUUUUUGGCAGGGCUUUGUCUCACUGUAUGGUUUAAUUUGAUAUCUUAAGCCUUUCUUCCCAUCUUUUAACUGUUAAAGUAUGUCUGUUGUAACCAAGAAGUUUAUUGCUGUGAAAUGGCUUCUGGUGAUAGAGAAGGGGUUCUAUAACUGCUUUUGUUUUGUUUUUGUCAGAUAAAUUCCCUGUUGUGUGGGUGGCAUUUUUCUGGAAGAGGUUUGCUUCUGUCUUAGCCUUGUACAGGGAAAAUAUCCAUUUAUCAGCUUCUCUUUUGUGCUUAAUAGCUUUAUUUUUUUUUUUU